CUAAAAAACCAAGCCAUCAGCUCUGACAAGUCAGCCAUCAAUGGUUUUUCAAAAGCAAAUGUUUUUUCAGAUGAUUCACUUUAUGAAAUUUUAUCAUUUCUUUGCCAUGAUUUUAAAUUUAUGGUAACGGGUUGUGCAUUAGUUUCUAAACAGUGGUUGCAUGUCAUUUCGGAUAGAUGUAAACUUUCAUUGACACGCAAUCAUGACCAUUCGAAAAUGCAAGGUCAAUUUUUACAAAAUAUUGCAACUCUUAAAGUUGAAAAGAGAAGAAGUGAUAGUGUUGUGUUUGAUUGUAAAAUAUUCGAAUGGAUGAAACAAUUAACUAAUCUUUCUAUUUCUUACAAUAAUAUGAAUGUGGAAAAUACUAAAUAUAUUGGUCAACUUGAUAAAUUAAUUAAUCUAAAUAUUAAUGGAAAUGCAAUUACUCAUGAAGGUGCGAAAUAUCUAAGUGAAUUGGAACAACUGAAUACUCUUCAUAUUGAUAAUUGUGAAAUAGGUGUGGAAGGAGCAAAAUAUCUAUCUGAAAUGAAACAUUUGACCAAUCUCAAUAUAGGAUCCAAUAGGAUCGGUGUUGAAGGUGUUAAACACAUUAUUGGACUGAGUAAAUUAACUUUUCUUGAUAUAUCAAAUAACAAGAUUGGUGAAGAAGGUGCCAAAUAUUUAAGAGAGAUGAGGCAAUUAAAUAAUCUCGACGUUUCUACUAAUGCACUUCGUCAACAAGGCAUUGAAUACAUAUCUGAAAUGAAGCAAUUGACUUCUCUCAGUAUUGCUGUCAAUUUAAUUGGUGUGGAAGGAGCUAAACAUAUAAGUGAAAUGACACAAUUGACUAAACUUAAUAUGAAUUGCUGUAACAUUGGAGUAGAAGGAGUCAAACACAUAAUUAAUAUGAAACAAUUGAAACAUCUUAUAAUUUCUGGAAAUAAUAUUGGAAACAAAGGAUGUGAGCUCAUACUAGAUUUGGAACAAUUAACAUUUCUCAAUAUAGAAAAUAACAAUAUAGAUGUUGAGGGUAUUGCAUAUAUUGCUAGUGGUCGUCUAAAAACCUGACAAAUCUGGAAAUUGCCAUGAACAAUGUUGGAGAUGAGGGUGCUAAAUUUUUAAGUGGAAUGAACCACUUGAUUUAUCUUAGUAUUUCAUUCAGCAAUAUUGGUGUGGAAGGAAUUAAACACAUUAGUGAAAUGAAACAAUUGACUAAUCUUGAUGUUGGUUGUAAUGAAAUUGGUGAUGAAGGUGCCGAAUAUGUUAGUGAAAUGAAGCAAUUGACCAAUCUAAAUGUAUAUAUGAACGGUAUUACCGAUAUUGGUGCUAAAUAUAUUAGUGGAAUGGAACAAUUAACAUAUCUUGAUAUUCAUAAUAAUAAUAUUGGUAGAGAAGGGAUUGAAUACAUACAGGAAUUGAAAAACUUGACAUUUCUUGAUAUUACUGAAAAUCAGAAAUUAAAUUAUUUGGAAGAAUAAAUUUUAAUCAAUCUCUAUU